GGUAACAUAUCAUUAUCAUUAUUAUUCAUCGUCAGAUACUCUCGACGAGUGGUGUUUCGCGUGCGCAGUUUGUCGGCGAUCGUCGUCGUCGCCGAGUCGUUGUCCGUAAACCAAGUAAGUAUUCAUAUUCGUUAUUACAAAUAAUCGUAAUAAAAAUUCGUGCGAGUUUAUGCGAUAAUAAAUUUUAAUUAGCCACUAAAUCAAUUCAGUCGCCGUUGUGUUCGUGCUUGUCAUAUUGUUAUUAUUAUUGUACUCGGUUGUUUUCUCGUCGGCCCGCGUAUAAUAAUAAUAUUAUGAUGUCAUUUUAAUUGUUGUGAAAGUUCACUCUGCGCGAAAUCCGCCACCGCCACCGUGUGUCGAUCGCGGGUUACCGGCAUCGCGUGCAGGCGGUGUUCGGGUGGGCGAMGUCGGAGCGUAGGCGUGCGCUUUUUACAAUUUUUUUCGCGGCACCGGACCGACCGCCGUCGCCWCCGUCGACCACACCAGUUUUGGCACUCUUCGCUGUCCGACCAUCGGAAUAUUUAUCGUAAAAGAUUUCUGCGAACGUCUGCUACAAUAAUCGUUUCAAACCGCCAAAAUAUCCURAAAAAAACUACAGGAUCUUCAGCGAUGGUGGUCUCGAGGUGUGUCGUCACCCUGAUGUGGUGUUGCUGCGGGUUCGCGGUGGUUUUGUCGAAUGGCAAAAACACCACCAGAGGAGUGGACGAGUUCUUGACGUCCUUGACGAAAAUGAUUGAAACCGUUUUAAGUACUGACGCCAGAUAUUCGGGACUUUUCGGGGAUGGAUCUCAGUUGAUUUCGGGUCGGCCCAACCGCCCACCCACCGCUGAUUAUUUCGAAAUCGGCAGACCACCCUUUCCGGAUCAACCACUUGGUGGCAGGCCAUACCCUCCACCUUAUCCUGGAAACGGUGGUGGGCCGUACCCUCCAUCGUACCCUGGAAAUGGUGGACCGUACCCUCCACCGUACCCUGGAAACGGUGGACCGUACCCACCGCCAUUCCGCCCCAAUGGGCUCCGUCCCGGUGGCGGCUACCUGCAGCAGAACUCCGUCGUUCAGGCGCUGAGUUCCAUAUCACAACACGACGACCUGAGAUGCGUUCCCAGGCUGCUGUGCGAAGUGUCCUCUGGAACCAGACCAGGUUAUAACCAGCAAUUUGGUUACUACCAACAGCAACAACAACAACAGCAGUCUUCUAUACCGUUCCUCACCAAAGACGCUCUGAUCACGUUGCUGACCGUGUUGAACUUUGUGGACGACUCGCCUCUGCUCAUGUUCGGCCGGGCCGCAUUGUUGGGUUACAACGCCCGAGGGGAUCCCAAGUAUUGUACGACCGCGUAUCCGACCUGUCCCAGAGAUCCCGACCAGCUGAUCAACUACCUGAACAACCACAACGGCGGUUUCUUCCGGUUCUUCAACCAACAACUACCGCAGUACGCUCCGCAGUACGUCAACCACCAGCAGCCUCCGUAUCCACAACAACCUCCAUAUCUGCAAAGACCUCCGUACUCGCAACCACCUCCGUAUCUGCAACGGCCUCCGUACACGGAUCAGCAACUGCAGAACUACGCUCCCCUGUACCCGAGACCGCAUCAGAACUUUGGUUACGGAUACAAGUCCCGAGUCGACGACCUGCGACAGAGCCCGAGAAUACUCAGCGGGUCACCAAGCCAGUACUACGACGUGCCUUCGGUGAACGACUUGCAACUGGACGGUCCCAGGCCGGCGCCGAUGAAGUUUCCGUCGGCGAUCGAUCACGGCGGCGCCUCGAAUUGCUGCGUCUCGCAGUUCGCUUUCCCGUCCGACCAAAAUGGCAGCGGCGGUGUGGGGGGUGGAAACCGGCAAGCGAAAAGGGUGAAAAUGAUUUUCCCCGACAGAACCGGCACAGGUGGGCUCAGGGCCGACUUGGACAAGUACGGCAACUAUAAAGGCGUUUACUAUGCCGACGGUGCGAUCAAGUUCGUCGACGACCCCUCAACGACUGGUGGUCGUCCGUCGACCAUCAGACUUCCACAGCGGCAGCCGAUCGAAGACUUCGACGUGAUCGGCAACCGGUUGCCCUACCAGAGGCGGAAAAAGUUACAGUUUCCCAGAACUUCGGAGUGAUGCGACGAUAAAAGCGGUACAAUAUUGGGGCGUAUGCAUGUGCGGGUAACGGGGUAAGGUGCGAUUAAGUUCGUACCCACUCGUUCCCAAAAGUGCAGUGUUAACCUCCAUUWAAUAUUUAUAUAUAUAUAUAUAAAAAAACAAUUAUUUAUUUAAGUGCGUUAAUUUAUGUAUUCGUACAAUUUUUUAAGGACAAUAAAUUAUUAUCAUACAGUUAAUAUAACACGAAAAUAGGAUAAGGCGCGUAAAAAAUUCGGUAGUGGAUUUCAGACCCAUAAUAUAGGUAGGUAAUGUGUCGUAGUUUAAUGAAUGUGCUCGUUCGUCAAAAUUUUUUAWCACACAARCGAUUUGUGAUUGUAAAUAAUAUUGUUAUCGUAUUACGCGCGGCAACUCAUUACACUUACCCAUCAUAUGUUUCUUUUCGGAUAAAGCAUAAUACUYCCCGUACACACACACGUCUCGUCUGUUAUGAUAAUUUAUUUGUAUCAGUGUUAAUAGCCAAUGUUUUGUAUCCAUGUUAUCAUCGACCCUCUCGAUAUUAUUGUGUUACCACUCGCCGCGUAUGAUCUACGACAAUGUUUGUUGCUCAUUUUUUUACCAUUAUUAUUUGCAUCACAACACUGGUGUACGUAUAAAAACUUUAACUUAAAUUAAACUAUUUAUACUGCAUAUAUAAUAAUAAUACCUGUGUAGGUACUUAUGGACAACUUUUGUAUUUUUUUUUUUGUUUAUACAUUAUUAAGUUAAUUUUAUAAAUACAUUUUGUAUAUAAUUUAGGUAACUGCAGAUAUACUGCCUAUACAUUGUGUAAAAUAUAAAAUCAUAUUUAUACAGGCUUUAGAUUGAGGUAACUUAUAAAUACCUUAUACGAUGCACAUAUAAUAAUAAUAUUAUU